AUGGUGGAGCAGGAGGCUUACGAUUUCAUUAUUGUCGGAGCUGGCCCUGCAGGAUGUGCGCUCGCAGCAUCACUCAGCAAGUCCGCCGCCAAACCCCGCGUACUCCUGCUAGAAGCGGGCGGGAAAAACGACGACUAUUCCCAACGCGUAGAUGGUAAGCGCUGGACAACCUUUCUGAACGAGAAAAUGAACUGGGGAUAUAAAACAACCCCUCAAGCUGCAUGCGACGAGCGGAUUAUUGAUUACUCUCGCGGGAAGGGACUGGGGGGAGGAUCUGCGAUUAACUUUGGUGUUUACACUUUUGGCGCGAAAGACGAUUAUGAUACUUGGGCUGAGGAUGUUGGCGAUGAGACAUUUGGUUGGGAAGCAAUGAAGAAGCGGUUUAAAGAUCUUGAAUUGUUUGAUGGGUCUAUUGAUCUUCCUGAGAACCAGAAGUAUGCACAGCCCAGGGGGAAAGAUCAUGGAGAUCGAGGUGGUUUGUUGAUUGGAUAUGCAAAGGAAUGGGAACAGGAUUUGCCUCUUAUUUUGGAUGCGCUGGAGGAUGCUGGGUUGGAGCGAAAUCUGGAUCAUAAUUCUGGGAAUCCUCUUGGUAUGAGUUUGAUGAUCAACUCCGCUGGCAAAGGACGCAGAACAACUGGAGUUGAUCUGUUGAGUGGUGCGUCUGAUGACUUGGUCAUUAUCACGGAUUCCCCGGUACAGCGAAUUGUCUUGCAAGAUAAAAAGGCAGUUGGUGUUGAGACCCAAGGCAAGAAGUAUUUCGCCAGCAAGGAAGUUAUCUUAUCAACUGGAUCACUCGAUACGCCUAAAAUCUUGAUGCAUUCAGGAAUUGGUCCAGCCGCCGAGUUGGACAAGUUCGACAUCCCGGUGAUCCAAGACCUACCCGCCAUCGGCCAGGGUCUCAAAGACCACUUCUUUGUGCCGUUAAUUCUCACGCGAAACCCCGAGACAUGCGACCGUAACAAAUUCUAUGGCUCGGAGCCCGCCAUGGAUGCCGCACUAGCCCAAUGGGAGAAAGACCGCACAGGGCCCUGGACCCGAUACGGUUGUCAGAUCGCAUGUGGAUGGUUCAAAUCCGACAAGGUAACCUCCUUGAAAGAGUUCAAGGACCUUCCAGCUUCGGUCCAGGAAUUUAUGAAUAAGGAUACAAUCCCACACUGGGAGCUUAUCAGCGGGUUUCCGGUUCACUAUACAAUCCCUCAGCUAUUUCAGGACUACGAUUACAUCUGCCUGAUCGCUUUACUGAUGAACGAGCAGUCUACCGGGGAGGUACGACUGCAGUCGGCGAAACCAGAUGAUCCCCUUCUUUUCGAUCCCAAGGUUUUGGAGCACCCAUUCGAUCAGCGUGCAGUCAUCGAGAUCUACAAACACCUCCGGGAGGUAACACGACACCCAUCUUUUUCAAAGGAUACGGUAUCCACGUUGGUCGCGCCAGAAUCUGACAACGACGAAGACAUUCUUAAAUUCUGGAAGGCCAAUGUGGCAUCCGCCUGGCACAUGACUGGAACGGCGAAGAUGGGCAAAGAAGGGGACAUCCAUGCGGCGGUCGAUCAUCGGUUCCGGGUAUUUGGGGUUGACAAUCUUCGCGUUGCGGAUAUGAGCGUUGUGCCCGUGUUGACGAAUAAUCAUACACAGGCGACGGCGUAUGUGACAGGAGCUACAUGUGCUGAUAUUUUGAUCCAGGAGUAUGGAUUGAAUCAGUGA